ACCAGGUAGGAAAGCAGUGCAGCAGCAGCAAUAGCAACAACAACUCAUCUGCAGCAAACAUGAGCAACUCCGGCAUGAACAUGAGGGGCAAGAUCAUCUUCUACGAGGACAGGAACUUCCAGGGUCGUUCCUAUGAGUGCAUGAGCGACUGCUCUGACAUGUCCUCUGUCCUGAGCAGGUGUCACUCUGCCAGGGUGGAGAGCGGCUGCUUCAUGGUCUACGACCGCCCCAACUUCAUGGGAAACCAGUAUCUGAUGAGGAGGGGCGAGUACGCCGACUACAUGAGCAUGAUGGGCAUGAGGGAGUGCAUCAGGUCCUGCCGUAUGAUCCCCAUGCACAGAGGCCAGUUCAGGAUGAGGAUCUAUGAGAGGGAGAACUUCGCCGGUCAGAUGACUGAGCUGAUGGACGACUGCGACAACAUCAUGGACCGUUUCCGCAUGUCCGACUGCAUGUCCUGCAACGUGAUGGACGGCCACUGGCUGAUGUACGAGCAGCCCCACUUCAGAGGCAGGAUGAUGUACCUGAGGCCUGGAGAGUACAGGAGCUUCAGGGAGAUGGGAAUGAGCGGCAUGAGGUUCAUGAGCAUGAGGCGCAUCAUGGACUCCUGCAUGUAAAUGUUCACUGUUCAAUGUCAAUAAAUAAAAAACCUAUUCUGCACUAA